AUGGAGUCUUCAAAUAACGAUAACAUUGCAUUCAACUAUAUCAGACAAUGGGAGCAGGAAACGAUAAAUAGGGUGAAACAAGUCGCUGAUCAAGCUUGCUUAGACAUUCAAGCAUUAAUUGAUGAAAAUAAUGCAUCGUCAAAAAAACGAUAUGAUCGAUUAGAUGCAGAGCUACGACAGCAGGAAAAAAAUAAUAGUUCAUCUGAACAAGAAAUUGAACAACUAAAAGCAGCUGAACUACUAAAACUUAAUUGUCAAAGGAGCAUUGAAAUUCACAGUCGAACUCUCGAUUUUGAUGGUGUUUUUCAAAUAACAAGUGGUCGUUCAACCGCAAGUGAUGUUUCGUUUGAUUUAAAUCGAGUUCUAGAUGUAAAUUCUCGAACAAAUACAGUUUAUAUAAGUGAUGAUUGUUUGAUGACAGCGUCACAUAAUAAUAUUCUGUAUUAUGAUAUGAACCAAUUAUGUAUAGUAGAUUUGACAGGCACAUACGGACGAACAAUUGACUGGAUGGAUGAGAUACGUGAUAUGUGUUGGUGCUCAUCAGUUGAUCAGUUUUUCAUAUGGUCUUGUAGUGGAGGAUAUACGUUAGAUAGCUUAACAUUGAACAUGAUACAGAUUAAGGAAGUUCCAAAAAUUUUGCCGUUCGACACAUGUUCCGCUACAUGUCUAGAUGAUAAACUUCUUUUAUGUGAUUCACCAAAUAUUCAGUUAUGGCAGCCAUCCACAUGGACAUUAAAAGAUAAAUGGGAAAAUGUUAUUAGUAAAG